UGUUUGGUGACGUUUUAACGUCGACGCCAAUCUCAGGGGCUGAGGCCUAGGAAAUUUUAAUUCGUAUAAUAUUUUUUUGAACAAAUGUACAUAUUCCUGUACCCGUUUUGAGCGGGGUCACGACCUUAUGAGGCCUUGUUUUGGAGUAGAUGGUGGGAGAGCAGCGCAGCUGGUAGCCGGCUAGCUAACUCUGUAUCUAAUAACAAGGAACUCGAGUCGAGGAAACUAGCCUUGAAGAAUAAAAAUUGAAAAAUGACAUCUCGCAGGUGGUUCCACCCCAACAUCACGGGGGUGGAGGCGGAGAACCUGCUCCUGACCCGCGGGGUGGACGGCAGCUUCCUGGCCCGACCCAGCAAGAGCAACCCGGGGGACUUCACCCUGUCCGUCAGGCGGAAUGGCGCAGUCACCCACAUUAAGAUCCAGAACACGGGCGACUACUACGACCUGUACGGGGGGGAGAAGUUUGCCACGCUGGCUGAGCUGGUGCAGUACUACAUGGAGCACCACGGCCAGCUCAAGGAGAAGAACGGAGACGUCAUCGAGCUCAAGUACCCGCUCAACUGCGCCGACCCGACCUCCGAGAGGUGGUUCCACGGGCACCUGUCGGGCCGCGAGGCGGAGAAGCUCCUGACGGAGAAGGGGAAGAGCGGGAGCUUCCUCGUGCGCGAGAGCCAGAGCCACCCCGGCGACUUCGUGCUGUCGGUGCGCACCGGCGACGACAAGACCGACAGCAGCGACAGCAAGCCCAAGGUCACACACGUCAUGAUCCGCUGCCAGCACGAUCUGAAGUACGACGUGGGCGGGGGAGAGAAGUUCGACUCGCUGACCGACCUGGUGGAGCACUACAAGAAGAACCCCAUGGUGGAGACGCUGGGGACGGUCCUGCAGCUCAAACAGCCGCUGAACACCACGCGCAUCAACGCGGCGGAGAUCGAGAGCCGUGUGCGCGAGCUGAGCAAGCUGGCCGAGGCCACCGACAAGGUGAAGCAGGGCUUCUGGGAGGAGUUCGAGACGCUGCAGCAGCAGGAGUGUAAGCUGCUAUACAGCCGCAAGGAGGGCCAGCGCGCAGAGAACAAGAACAAGAACCGCUACAAGAACAUCCUGCCCUUCGACCACACCCGCGUGGUGCUUAACGACGGGGACCAGAACGAGCCCGGCUCAGACUACAUCAACGCCAACAUCAUCAUGGUGGGAGCGGACUUCACGCCGGAUCUGGAGUCCAAGUGUAACAGUGCCAGGCUAAAGAAGAACUACAUCGCCACGCAGGGCUGCCUGCAGAACACCAUCAGUGACUUCUGGAGGAUGGUUUUCCAGGAGAACUCCCGCGUCAUCGUCAUGACCACCAAGGAGGUGGAGCGGGGAAAGAGUAAGUGUGUGAAGUACUGGCCCGACGUCUCGGCGCUGAAGGAGUACGGCGCCAUGCGUGUGCGGAACGUGAAGGAGACCUCCGCUCACGACUACAUCCUGCGCGAGCUCAAACUCUCCAAAGUGGGCCAGGGAAGCACGGAGCGCACCGUGUGGCAGUACCACUUCCGGGCCUGGCCGGACCACGGCGUUCCCGCUGAUCCCGGCGGAGUGCUGGACUUCCUGGAGGAGGUGAACCUGAAGCAGGAGAGCAUCCUGGAGGCGGGGCCUAUCGUGGUGCACUGCAGUGCCGGGAUUGGCCGGACGGGGACCUUUAUCGUGAUCGACAUCCUCAUCGACGUGAUCAGGGAGAAAGGGGUGGACUGUGACAUCGACGUGCCUAAGACCAUCCAGAUGGUGCGGUCUCAGCGGUCCGGGAUGGUGCAGACCGAGGCGCAGUACCGCUUCAUCUACAUGGCCGUCCAGCACUACAUCGAGACGCUGCAGCGACGCAUCGAGGAGGAGCAGAAGAGUAAAAUCAAAGGGCGGGAGUACACCAACAUCAAAUACUCUCUGUCAGACCUGACUGGGGGAGAGCAGAGCCCCCUGCCUCCCUGCACUCCCACCCCCACCUGUGCAGAUGUGAGAGAGGAGAGCUCUCGCGUGUAUGAGAACGUCGGUCUGAUGCAGCAGCAGAAGAGCUACAGAUGAGACUCGCCCUCCUGCUCAAGACAGAGGAGGCUGUUGGUUUGAGUUUGUUAAACUGCGGCUGGGAGCCUGAGAUGAGAUCAUGACCAAACAGAGAAACACAGACUGAGCUUCAGAGGCUCCCCCUUCCCUCCCUCUCCCCAUUUUUUCUUCCUCCACGUUUGUCUUUUAACCGCCCGCCCCGUCGUCGAAAAACCACUGUGACACCAUCCUGGAGCCUUAUCGCCAAAAUCAGCAUGGACCCUGAGCGCCCCCUCCCCCCGGAACACCCCUGUCAGGGACGAUCACUUUGGGGGGGUCCUGUUUUCAGCCGGCAGGCGUGGAGGAAAGCCAGUUCUGCCUUAUUAUUCUUUACUCUGUUUCUAACAUGCGUUUGUUUGUUUGUUUCUGUUGUUAUUUUGUCUGUUGUUGUUUUUUUUUUGUUUUCUGCCAAAGGAUGACGCAGUAUGAAUUAGCAGCGAGGCCUUUUUCAGGACUAAAGCCAAAAAAAAAAAAAAAGCGAUCACUUUUUUGCCACCUUUUUAAGCGGCCUUUUUCUGCCUUGUCUGAAAGGGACCCUUUUUAGUAUUAAAGGGAUUUUGUUCUCGUUUAUAUAUAUAUGCUUGUCUCCUACUUUUAUUUUUCUCUCUUUUUUGGCUUUUCUGGUCCUGAAUGAGGCAUUGUGGGUAAAAGGCAGUAGUUUUGGCACAGAAUCAUGGGCUGUGGCCUGACACAUGCAUUCAGUCCAGAGGAAGCAGCCAGUGCUUUGGGUCAUUAGUGCUUUCAUGAGUCAGCCAUCUUAGGAGCCUGGUCUUUGGAGGGCUAUGACCCCCCCCCCCCUCCGUUUCCAUGACUGCGAGGCUCCGUUAGUGUGCAGUAGCUGCAGGUAGAGGAACCCCCAAGCAGGUCCUUCUGGCUAUCCUGAGAAAUUUUUUGUGUUAAAUUUUUUGUAAUUUUUUUUUUUUUUUUUUUUACAAUGUUAUACUCUUAUGUUGUUUUAAAUGCCUGUCAUUGUACUUAGAACCACCGUGUGAACUUAAUUUCAGAAAAAGGAAACUCUUAACCCGGGACAUAAACGGAAGUACCUAGCCGUAGCGGUUAGCGACGAGCGGUUAGCAUAGCACAGUUAGCGGCGAGAGGUUAGCAUGGUGCUGUUAACGUAACGCGUUGAGCGGUUAGCAUGGCGUGUCGAGCGGUUAGCAUGACGUGUCCAGCGGUUAGCAUGGCGUGUCGAGCGGUUAGCGUCGGUAGUAGUUCUGUGGCCGAGUUCUCGGGGCGCUCUUCUGCGCUGUGGCUGCGCGGGUCCCACAUUACCCACUGAGACUGUGCGCCUCUUCAUUUAACACAGGACUUAACUACACUCUCUCUCUCUCUCCCCCCCUCUCUCUCUCUCCCCCCCUCUCUCUCUCUCUCUCCCCC